AUGUCGAUACCAGGACUAGGCGAAAUACCAACAGCUGUUUCAGCUUCUUCAGCUGCAACAUUGACAACCACAGAAAACCUCGAUCCAUUUUGGGAAUAUCGCUUCGAAGUCCCCCAUGGCUCGACUUUAGAAAUCAAGCUCACCUCAGGCACUGCUGAGAAAGAUGGCACCGAGCUUGCUCCAAACACUCUUUACACAUUUACCGCCACCAAAUCGAAGAUAAAUACUUGGCACGGAUGCACUCUCGAGAUAACCUCUCCUACCGGCAUAUACGAUGCUUACAUAUCGGAACCUACCGCCGACGAGACCCCCAUGGUCAGCUAUUUAAAUCUUCACUUUAAGCUCGAAGCAUUCCGCGCCACCGCCCAGAAAUUAGACCAGAUGGGACCGCGAGUGUUGGUGGUAGGACCGCCUGAUUCCGGAAAGACUAGCUUGGUUAGGAUGCUCACCGGAUGGGCCACGCGCAUGGGACGACAGCCUCUCGUGGUAAAUACAGAUUGUCGUGAGGGCAUGCUAGCUCUACCUGGAUCGCUCAGUGCAGCUGUAUUCGCCACGAUCAUCGACAUCACAACCGAUUGGGGCAGUAUACCGAGUAGCGGGCCAAGUGCCAUACCAGUAAAGCUGCCCCUCGUGUACAACUAUGGCCUGGGACAACCCGAAGAUAAUAUACGGCUCUACAAGCAGACGUUGAGUAGGCUUGCGGUCGCAGUAACUUCGCGACUUUCGGAGGAUCCUAACGUAAAGACGUCGGGGCUAUUGAUCGAUACAGGAGGUGUCAGCACUUCGAAGGGUGGUUACGACCAUCUGGCACAUAUAGUUGCUGAAUUUUCGAUCAAUAUCGUACUCGUGAUCGGUUCAGAGCGUAUGAGUAGCGAUAUGCAGAAGAGACUGGCGGGACAAAAAACUAGUCUUGAUGAACCAAUAACUGUCGUUAGUUUGGACAAGUCCGGUGGCGUCGUGGAAAGGGAUGCAGGAUUCCUUCAACAAGUUCGCGAGGCUGCUAUCAAGGAAUACUUCUUUGGAGGUGCGAGCACAACGUUAAGCCCUUUCACGCAGCAAGUUGACUUUGCAGCACUAUCGAUUUGGAGGGUUACUGAAUCUUCGACUCCAACGGCAGCCGAGGAUGAAAUUUAUUCUGCAGACACGAUGCUCGAGAGGAUUGAUCCGUCUCUCAUGAUGCAGAACUGCAUUUUAGCUGUUAUGUACGCAUCAAUCCAUGAUUCAGCUGAUACAAUACGUAACUCGAACGUCAUGGGCUACGUGUAUGUCGCCGACGUCGAUGAGAAGCGGCGAAAGCUAAAAGUUCUCGCCCCUGUCAGCGCUCGCUUGGGCGAUAGACCGCUGGUUUGGGGAAGCUGGCCGGAGCCAAUGGUCAGCUUGCUAGGUUAAACCAUGAGCUAUGGUUUAUACUACAAGACACCUGUACAGCAACUUCAAUAUACCUCU